CGACGAGUGGCGUACGCGCGUAACGGCUGCGUGCUUCGUCAGCGAGAGUCUGUUGCGUCGAGCGGACCCGAUCAGCCGUCACCACCGUAGACUGUAGAGGAGCUUUCUCGGCGAACGAGAGCAUGCAGGUAGCGGUGGACUGGUGAACGUGCUGCAGCACCUGGUUCUCGCGCUUCAGCGAGAUGUAGAGACCGGCGGUGGGGCAGUCGUGGAGGAGUCUGAACUGUCGAACGUGCCUUUCGAUAUAUACGAGCGAACCUGUUUUCAUUUUUCACGUUCAGCGAUCGCGUCGCGACGUUUACAGAAACCGUAGACGAAAUUGACGCGCGGUUCGCUUAGCCUCUAAUCGAGCCGGGUACCGAGGCUGGAGGUCAGCCUGCUCGACGUGCAUCCGCCGGUUUACGGUCGUAAACUGCCUCUCUUUCUUCGUCCCUCGGUACUCCGCGUGCCUGGGAGAAGGUGGUACUUCAUUCCUUUCGGCGAAGGUGCGAUAAACUGAAGCGGCAGGAUGAUGAUGGGCGAUCAGUUUCGUAGCAAAGUGGAGCAAUACUCACCGAAGUCCUCGCCGAGGGGAGCACGGUCUCCAGUCGUGUCACGUCAAGAUUCUACGGGAACGCUAAAGACGACCAUCUCCCUUGGAAAGAAUCCUUCUAUUGUCCACAGUGGACCGUUUUAUCUGAUGAAGGAACCCCCAGGGGAAAGCGAACUUACUGGAGCAACAAAUUUGAUGGCCUAUUAUGGCCUUGAGCACUCCUACAGCAAGUUUAGCGGUAAGAAGCUCAAGGAGCAGCUAUCAUCUUUUUUGCCAAAUUUGCCUGGCAUUAUAGACAGGCCUGGCCAUCAGGAUAAUAGCUCCCUGAGAUCAGUGAUUGAGAAGCCUCCCAUAGGUGGUAAAGAGCUAUUGCCUUUGACGAGUGUACAGCUUGCUGGUUUUCGAUUGCACCCUGGCCCACUGCCAGAACAGUAUAGAUACAUAAAUCAGGCCCCUCAGAGAAAACACAAAAAUAAGCAUAAGAAGCACAAGCACAAGCCCGGAGAGGUGCUGAGCGGACAGGAGACCGCGACGACGGACGUGGGUGGUUCCGAUACGCACGAGAAGAAGCAUAAGAAGCAGAAGAGACACGACGAGGAGAAGGAGGCGAGAAAGAAGCGGAAGAAGGAGAAGAAGAGGAAAAAGCAGAAGCACAGCCCCGAGCACACCGGCAGCCUCACACCGUCACAGCAUUCCAAUUCGUGAUCUCUAAUCUGUCCCUUUCAGUUCAUGCCAAAUUUAUGAUCAAAAUCCGAAGAAAGAAAAAAAACGGUACGACGUAGGUCCAUAUACUAAAAUAUACACACGUGUAUAUUUAUUUGCGGUAGGGCUGUAAAUAUACGGAUAUUAUAAUAAUAUCCGAAUCUCGAUCGUCGUAUUGCGCAAAAUAGAAAGUUUUGAAUUCGAAAAUCGCAAAUUUUAAACAGGCACGACUCUCGGAAUGUUGAGACCCGACUCGUCCAAAAAUCCGAAUUCGAGCAAUCGAAUAAUUUAGUGAAUUAAUCUGAAUAUGAUUACUCUAGUAAUUAUUUGAAUAUUAUUAAUAUAAUACUCGGAUUAAUAUUCGAAUAUCCCGUUCAUAUUUACAGUUCUGACUUAUGGAUAAUAUAUGUGCUUAUUUUUUCGAUGUUACACGGUACGACGAGAAGGAGAACUCUAUGUGCAAAUCGUGUACAUAUAUACAUAUUAUAUGUCGCGUUAUAAAGUAAUGCAAUCCCUUUUUCGUUCGGAGUCUUGCAUAGAUUCGCUGCGUAGAGCCGAUUUAGACUUGUAACAAGCUUCACGCCUUAUGAAAUUGUUUUUGCUCAAAUCUUCAUUAUUUCACACGCCAGACGAAUGUUACUGCAGUUACAUGCAUCACAUUAGAUAGAAAAGCGGAGUUAAGUUUCGCCGAAAAUUUCGGCCCUAAAAUGGAGCGAUUAAGAUCCGAUUUCAUGAUGAGAUUAACUUUAAUCUCGAUUUAACUUACUAUCUAUCUCUUCCUAACUUCUUAGACUAGGAAAAGGUAAAGCGAGUUGAAACUUCGGUUAAAUCGAGUUAAUCGCGACAUGUGAAACCGGGCCUGAUAGUUUCAUAUUUUAUUUUUUAUUAAAUGUCUUGCGACGCACAGACAGAAUCCAAACGUUGCAAUUGAUAUUUAGUUCGUAUAACUUCAUUUUUUUUUAACCUAAUCUAAACAGCAUCGUUUAUACGUAUUACGUUUUUAAGCACCUUUUCGCAAUUCUCGCGUACUCGAAAGUUGCCUGUAUCGGUGAAGGGGGAGUGUAAAAUAUGUAUGUAACAUAACGAUCAUCGUGCGCAGGAUACGCGCUGUUCCAGAUCUGUUCGGUCGCCCAUCCGGCGGCGUAGCGUUUGUAAUUGUAAAUCGCGAUCGUGUCGAAACUUUUAUAGGGUGUAAAUAUACGUAACGGAUUGACGACUGUGUAAAGAGAGGAUCGCACUGCUAUUCUGUGUAAAGUGUUCGUUCACAAAAGUUCAUAAGCGUACAAUCCAUCGUGCUUUAAAGCCCGACGCGACGGGUUUUAGCGGAGAAAAAAAAAUAGAGAUAUAUAUCGGAGAGAGAGAGAGAAGUUUCGAAUUUUAGAUGUAAUAUUUAUAGCGCGAAAGGGAUGGAGAAUUAAAGUGAUCUCGAUCUCGCAGCA